CGGUUUUGUUUUGGCGCGUGAAUUUUUCGACAUGUUGGAGGACAAAAACAUCGCUCUAGACGUCCCCUGCGACGUCAACCCAUCCCUGGAGCUGUCGUUGCCGUUGAAGUUGUGCAGCGGUUGCGAGUCAAGCGGGGCAGCAGUGCAGGGCAGUGAUCCGGGUUCUGGUCCCGCCACUCAGCUGCACCGCGGCGAGAGCCGAGGUCAGUUCAACGACAGCGAGGAUAAGGGGACUGCUCCGCGGUUGAGUGACACGCGGCGGUCUGUGUUGUCUAUUCCUGGGGUUCAGACUGAUGCUCCGGUUCAGCGUAAGAGUACAGGGCCUGCAGUACAGGUGGCGGCCUAUUUCGAGGUCAACUUGGAGGUGAGCAAGGGACAGGGUGUGGAGGAGGUGGAUGCGGGAGGCCUGAGCUCGCAAGGAGCUCCGCAAAAGAGGAGGGGGGAUCGUCCAGACGAGUUCGCCUGUUCUAUGAAGAAGUUAAAGAGCAAGGCCCCCAGGACUGCGGGCGAGAAACGCAAGGGGACUGAGGGGGAGCAGGGCCAUCAGGUUGCCAAACGACCGUCUUCGAGACAGAAGCAGCCUGAGUCUAGACUGUCUUCUCCACCGACAACAGGGACUCCCAUCGACGUCGACGCCGGGUACUUCCUCGAGUACAAAGACGGCGUUCGGACAAAGCGGGACUUCGACAUUAGCCCUCCGCAGGUCGUCGACCUCGGGGACUGGGAGGACCUGUACAACCAGCGGUCCCUGGAUCUCGUGCUCGUGGAAAGGAUCAAAGAAGCGAUGCGGUUGGCGUUCGAAAACAAAGCACAGUCUUACGAUUUAAAAACCUUGAAACUGGCGCCGCCGGGGCUUGAUAAACCGACUCCCGGGACCAAGGCAGAACGUCUGAGACCGGAGGAUUGGUGGGAUGAGCUGGCGGGACAAUACUACUACUACGCGGUGUGUGGGCAGCACAACGCGGCUGCAGCGAGGUCGUUGCUCGGCAGCGAGGUGGCCAGGAAAUACAAUUUCGAGCGGUGGCCUGCACGAAUGGUCUACAUUUCGGACGACGACUUCGAAGGGUACUUCCUUGUCAGUUCCCAGGACAACAAGAAGGACCUGAAGGCGCCCCCACGACAGCUGAAGCUGUCAAUGAGGGACAUUAGGUGGCAGUGGAAGCACGCUGGUUGCCCGCGUGCUGUUAUGGGGAACCCCAUCGGAAAAAAGGAUCAGGUCCGGAAGUGGCGUGAAUUUUGUAAUGUCGCACUCAACAUGACACCGCACAGCAGCUUGUGGAUUCUCGCAGAUCAGCAGGGCGAGGAGGCCAUCAGGAAACAAGCCGCUGCCUUGCGUUCCUAUUUCCCGCUUGCGAUGGCAGGGAAGAACGUCUGGAAACUGGUCGUCGAUUUUUUCAAGAAAUGGGAGACAGACAGAUUGCUCGGACACGACGGCACAAAGUGGAUCAUGCGGAAGAAGAAAGUCAAAAACGUGAAGCCUGGGGUUGCAUACAUCCAUAAUGACAAGCUGGGCAGGAAGGAGGUCGUGUACAACGUCCCUGUGGACCCGGCAACAAAGAAAGGCAAAAAGGAGAAAGAGGAGGGCGAGUGGUUCGUGCAAGUGCCAGAGCCAGACGCGCAUUGUUGGAAAAUGAUGGAGUCGCUAACAGACAACGAGAAAAGCCGCGUCCUGAAGAAGGUGCUCGCUUACGAGGUGGUUUGGGUACAGGCCAGCUCCCCAGCGUUGGCGAAGCUCGGAAAGCUGAAUGUCCAGGAGGUGGUGAAUUUGGUGAAGUGCGAUCGGGUGCUGGUGCGUCUGUGGAACUACUACCAGUUCAAGCACGACAAAAGGCCGGACGCGGAUUGGAGCCAGAGGUUCCCGUUCCUGAAAUCAAGGUAUGCAAUUUUCAGACAGUUUGAGAGUCGUGGUUUGGAUGCUGAGUUGUGGGACGAGAGCGCGAAAUACGUCACUGACUCCUCGUUGUUCAAGGACUGCCCGCCCUACAUGGGCUGCGACGACGACAGAUCGAUCGAGGCGACGGAGAAGCUGGCCGAUCACAAGAAGCUGUCCCUUCUCGAAUCCGUCACCAAGAAGGGGGAGGGUGUCGUCUUCCUCGGGAAGCCACACGUGCGGUCAGUCUGGGAAGUACUGAAGGCAGGACGGCACGUCAUCGCGAUGGAAGGGAACUCCGAGCUCUUGCAAUUUACAAUUGAUCUCGUCAAAAGCGAGGUCAAUUCGGGUGCCCACAAUUGUGAGUUCAUGGUCGUCACCGAGACUCGGGCUCGUGCGUGGAACAACAAAACGGACAUGUGGUUCAAGUUGAGUGCGAGGAAGCGGAACAAGAUAUACGACUUCUUGUUCUUGCAAACGCGGCCGAAGAGAGACACCGUCGCCGAGUACGUGCGCUGCAAGGACCACAUGUUCACGUUGCUCGACAACUACCACGGCGCCUCCCGCAUGAACGCGAAGACCUUCCUCGAGAGGUUGCAGUCCCUUUACUUCGUGGAGUCAGAGGAGGAGCUGACGUUCGACAGUUACUCCUCCUUGAUCUCCACAGAAGACGAGGAGACCACCGACAUCGAGUUCGACGCGACCGUGGACGAGGAGGGCAGCAACACUGAAAGCCUCGACCUGCAGUACGACCAACAUUCCGCGCAGCACGCUACAGGGUCGUCCUUGGCAGGUCCGUCGACAAGCCGAGCGUCCCUCAUGUCACCGAUGGCGAAACCGGCGCCUGGCACUACCCCAAUGAAGUUGCUGCAGAGAAUACAAGCUCUGGCCUCUGGCCAUCGCUCACUGCGUCCCGGGUCUGACAUCCCGCUCUAUCAUCAGUCUUGGACGAAUGCCAACAUUCACUUCCUGCCUGAGCCUCAAAGUCGUUCCACGGAGGCGGACUGGGGCCAUGACAUGAUUUGGCAUCCAGGAGUCGUCCAACCGCGAUCCAAAAGGGCGGGAGGGGCUGCGUGGGGCGGGCGGGAAGCACAUUCAUCGGAAAUCGACACGGGUUCGGGCAAAGUGGCUGCAUUGCAUGCAGGGGAAGAAGGCAGGGUGAUGGACAAAGAGAAGGAAGUGGAGGAAGGAGACACAGGGGAGGAAUUGGAGGAAGGAGGGGAUGAAGGGGAGGAAGAAGAGGAUGAAGGAGAGGAAGGGGAAGAAACGGAGUUGGCUGGGUUGCUAGGAGGGCAGGAGGGGGAAAAAGGUGAACUCGAUACAGGAGACGACGAAYGGACUUUCAGCGACGACGAUGACAGAUCUGGGGAGUCUUAUGACGGAUUCGGGCAGCUGUACGGAGAACACCACGAGGAAGACGACGACGACGAUGACACGGCACUGGGUAUGGAGACACACGUGGUCACAAGCCUUUCGGUAGAACGUGAUGACUAUGAGGUCCAAGCAAUGACGUCUGUCGUCGAUCUCCAACAUCGGUUCAACGAAGCUCAUGUAGCAGUCAGCCUGACCAAACCGAGUGUGCGUAUUGACAUCGAAGAAGUUAUCGACGACAUCCUGGGCGACCACCACAUGUCCGCGCAACCGUCCUCCACGCCUGGUGUCGAUGACCCUCUCGACGUCAAGCCUUUUGGGGGAUCUGUCGUCGAUUUCUCGCCGACGAGCUCUCCGAUGCUGCCGCCGACCAUCGCCAGCGGAGGAGACUGCAACUUCAAGGGCACGGCGGGGUGGAAAGAUGGGCUAAAAACGUGGAUCUGCUUGAAUAUGAUAUUAUCUUUGUUCCAGUUCUCAAAGAUAAUGAUCACUGAAUCCUCCUUUCCGUGAGCUUGAGAGAUAAUGUUCUUGAGAUUUUCGAUUCUUUUCCUUGCGUUGUAGCCAAUUC